CUCAACGGUAAAGCGGUUUAGCACAGCGAGCGCGUAAAGUAGCAAACGAAUGUGAAGUGUAGUCAAAACGAAUAAAAACAAGUUGUGUUAAUAGUUAUUUAUCAACGGUUGUAUGUUGUAAGUGACAGUGACAGCGUUUGGCGUGCGAUUCAAGUGCGAACGUUCAACACUUGAAUUAAGAAAUUAAGCGCAGCUUUUGUGGUGAACAAAUAAAGCCAAACAACAUCAAAAAGCAACGCGAAAAUUCAUAAUUUCAGUACAAAACCGAGACUAUUUCGGUUAAUUGGCGAACAGUAGGAAAUUAUUGUUGCCCAAGCAUGAACGAGGUGUUGUGAAUGGGCAAAGAAAAUGUGGUGAAAGAUAUAGCAAAACGAAACUAGGCGAAUUUGUAAGCGAAUAAUUAAAUAUAAAAUGUAACUGUAAUGCAGCGCUAAAUACGGACUCUAUUAUUUUAAGCGAUAUACAAACGCAAUACUUUAAUAUUUUUUAAAACUUACAACGAAAUAUGAACAAGUGGAACACAUUGUAAACUUACAACCAAAUGUGAACAAGUGAAACACUUAUCGAAAUUAUAUAAUAUCGAAAAUUUAACAGGUAAAAACUGUAUUUUGAACUAAAAUAACAACAUUUUAAUUUUUAUAAAGUUUUUCCAAAAGUAAAGUUUGUAACGUAAAAAGUGCGUCCAAACAAAAAAUUGUGAACAAGUGAAACAACUCAGUAUAACGAAAUUUGAGCAACUAAAAAUUAUAUUUUUGAAGCAGAAAUUUUUAUUUUUAAAAGUUAUACGGAAAUUUUGAGAAAGUUUUAUGUAAAAAUUUCGUCAAAAUACUUUUGAACCUUAAUAAAACAACUUUUGUGUCAGUAAAUUACUAAUUCUUGCACUGAAACUCUUGCGUAUAUAAAAAAAAUGGCUUCAUCCACGAUUGCUCACAUUUUUGCUGCAAUUUUUGUUUGCUACCUCUGCGGCACAUUGCAACAAGCUCAUGCUGCCACAGAGUAUAAUCGUUAUUUGGCGCAUAUUUUUCAAAAAUAUGGCACUGGUGGCACAAUUUCAUUCGAGGGUCUCGAGCAUUUGAUGGUCAAUCUAGGCUUGGGACAAAUCGAAUUCGAGCCAGAGCAUACAGUCGACGUACAUCGUCCAAAGGGUUUUAAAAUAGAUGAUGAUGCACAAUUGACUGCUUACUUUGAGCAGAAAAAUUUGAAAUUCCAACCCACCGACGAAGAUAUACAAGUCUUAACGCAAAAAAAUGCUGAAGGCAAGGUGACCGACGAAUUGGACAUACUCAUAAAGGAGAAGGGAAAAGGUAUUUUAUUGGAGUUCAAAGAGAUGCACGAUCCAAAGCAUAGACAUCCGCGUGAUAGUGAUGCUUCUUUGGACGCUGCGCCACUUUCAGCCAAUGUUUGCCUCUCGCCAAAGUCCAUGCUGCGUCUAGUCGUCGACCAUAAUGAUCUACACAAUCGCAAACUCUACAAGACUUACACCACGGAUGAUGUUACGAAGGCGCAUAACUCCGAAGAUGAAUACAAUGAGUUCAUCAAUGAUGUACAGUUAACACCGGUGGCGUUCAUGAAACUCUGUCCAGCGCUGUUGGCGCAAAUUGAUCAGCAUGUCUGCAUACGACCAGCGCCACUCAGCAACGGCAUGAAUGCCAAGCAGGCGCUGUGGAAUGCUUGGAUAUACGCCAGCAUUUCGAUAUUCAUACUCUCCGCUUGCGGACUGCUUGGCAUUUUGCUGGUGCCGCUCAUGAAAACUGUCGCAUAUCAAGAGAUUUUGAAAUUCCUCGUUGCCGUUGCCAUCGGCACGCUAGCCGGCGAUGCCUUAAUGCAUUUACUGCCGCACGCGCUGGUGCCCGAUCACGAUCACGAACACGAACACGAUGAGCAUGCGGUCGAAACCGCCGAGUCGGCGCAUGAUUCACACGAAGCAGUUUGGAUCUGCGCCUGCGCUUUCUUCACUUGUAUCUUCAUGUACGUGUUGGAGCAUAUAUUGCCGUUAUUGCGGGGUGACAGCGCUGGCGGACAUGGGCACGCGCACGGACAUGGGCAUGGACACUCACAUGGCGGUCACGGGCAUAAGCAAGCGCACACGCAUAAACAAGCGCACGCGCAUAAACCAGGACAUGCGCAUGCGCACCACGCCGAGCAGGCGCAUCAUGGAGAGCAUGCGCACCACGCCGAACAAGCGCCAUCAGGGAAACCAACUGACAAUGUGCUCACCGCCAACAUCGUAGCGCCGGUCAAUAAUGAUGCAAAAGAGAUCAAUAUCAUGUUGAAUGAAACGAAAAAGGAUGAAAAAGCGCCAAAUCGUCCAUUGACACCCGUGGCCUUCAUGGUCGUCAUCGGCGAUGGCCUGCACAAUCUCACCGAUGGCCUCGCCAUAGGCGCCGCUUUCGCCAGCGAUCCAGUAACCGGCAUGGCCACCGCCUUCGCCGUGCUCUGCCACGAGCUGCCACAUGAGUUGGGCGAUUUUGCGCUUCUGCUGCAGACAGGCGUGUCCUUGCGGCGCGCCGUCUAUUUGAACAUUGUCAGUUCGGUGUUGAGUUUCCUGGGCAUGGCCAUCGGUUUGUUCAUAGCCGGCGCGCAUGGCAAUAUGACACAAUGGAUUUACGCCUGCACAGCCGGUUCGUUCCUCUAUAUCGCUCUGGCGGAUCUUGUGCCGGCAAUGAGCGAAGUCGAAGCGCAUGCGCACGAUGCGAAGAGCAAACUGAAGGGCACAUUAAUACAGAUAUUCGGCAUGCUGUUGGGUGGUCUUAUUAUGUUGGCCAUUGCUGUCAAUGAGCAUUCGCUAUCGGCGCUUUUUAAGUAAAAAAAAAGGCAGCAACAACAACAAAUGCAAGCGGCAAUAUUUGUUUAUGCGCUUCUCAGUUCUGUAAAUUGAGAGCGUAAAUGUGAGUUGUUCAAAACACGCAUUCCUAGACUACAUUGUAGAGUCUGCUUUUGAAUAAUUAUGUUUAAGUUUGUAUGUUUUAUGGUUUUUAAGUUUUAAAGU